GCGACUUCUGAUACCAUCACAUCCGAUGAUAAUUUACCGUCUUUAUUUAUUUAUUACUUUUAAUAACAUCGUUAAAAAUUUUUAGUUCGUGAAAAACAAAUGGCCAAUCGAACAGUAAAAGAUGCUAAAACCAUUCACGGGACAAAUCCUCAGUAUUUAAUUGAAAAGAUCAUUCGGUCUCGUAUUUACGACAAUAAAUUUUGGAAAGAAGAAUGUUUCGCUUUAUCAGCCGAAUUAUUGGUGGACAAAGCGAUGUUGAUGCGGUUCAUCGGAGGAGUAUUUGGUGGUAAUAUCAAACCUACACCUUUCUUGUGUUUAACGUUGAAGAUGUUGCAAAUACAACCGGAAAAAGACAUUAUUGUGGAGUUUAUUAAAAAUGAAGAGUUCAAAUAUGUUCGUGCACUUGGAGCUUUUUAUAUGCGAUUGACUGGCUCGUCUGUAGAUUGUUAUAAAUACCUGGAACCUUUGUUAGCUGACAGUCGAAAAUUGAGACGACAAAAUCGUGAGGGCAAGUUUGAACUCAUAUAUAUGGACGAAUUUAUUGAUUCACUACUGAGAGAGGAACGUGUUUGUGAUGUUAUAUUGCCACGUAUACAAAGCAGACAUGUACUCGAAGAAAAUAACGAGUUGGAACCUAAAGUGUCCAUACUUGAAGAAGACAUUGAAGAAGGAGUCGAAUCGUCUGAUGAGGAAGAGCCAACAGAAAAACGUAGAGAAAAAGAACACAGAGAAAAACAUUCUCCUGUAAAAGAAAAAAGAAGAGACAGAGAACGUGAAAAGAGAAAUAGAGAUAGAAAUGAAAGGAACCGUAGAGACCGUGACCGAGGUGAUAGAAGAGAUAGAGACCGGCAUAGAAGGAGCAGAAGUCAUGAUAGAGAACGAUCAAGAAGACAUAGAUCUAGAUCACCUUAUAGGAAGUAAAAAAAAAAAUUGUUCACUUGUAAAUAUAUUAUGUAUUUUUUUAAAU